AUGUAUGGCCAUCCUACAAAUGACUGUUACGACCUCAAAAAUGUGAUAGAAAAGCUGGCCAGAGUAGGCCAGCUCGACAGGUAUCUCGUAGAAAGGUCGAACAGUCAUGGAAAAAGGAAGCGAGAUGACAGUAAUCGAAGAGACCCACCACCACAGACCCACCACAUACACAUGAUCUCAGGGGGAUUUGGAGGAGGAGGGCUUACCAAGUCAUCUCGCAAGAGACAUCUAAAGCGGGUUUACCAAGUCGGGAGCGAGACUCCCAAUCUCCCAACCAUCUCAUUUACCAAAGAGGAUGGGCAAGGGAUCAUUCCCGGGCAUGACGACCCAGUGGUGAUAACCAUGAUCCUAACAAAUGCCCACCUCCACAGAACCUUGGUGGAUCAAGGGAGCUCAGCCAAUAUCCUCUUCAAGCCAGCAUUCGACAAACUAGGGUUGGAUGAAAGGGAGCUAAAAGCUUACCCGAACACCCUGUAUGGACUAGGAGACAUGCCAAUAAAGCCACUAGGAUACAUCCCCCACCACACGACCUUUGGAAAGGGGGAAAAUUCCAAAACUCUGAACAUCAACUUUAUAGUCGUCGAUGUUGGGUCGACGUAUAAUGCCUUAAUUGGCAGAACCACCCUAAAUUGGCUCGCGGUGGUGGUGUCAACCCCUCACCUUUGCAUGAAAUUUCCAACACCUAAGGGAAUAGCGACGGUGCGGGGAGACCAGAAAUUGGCAAGAAAGUGCUACAAUGAAAGCUUGAACCUCUGA